GGUACGCCGGAGAGUGAGCACAAGACCCCCUUCACACACUCUCGAUUAAAAUCAACCCCUCCGCGUAACCUUUCUCCCCACUCGCGCAAAAAAAAAAAAUCCACAUAAACAAACAAAAAUACUCAUCCCCGCGACAAUUACUUCACAUCCCUCAAUCCAACUACGUGUGUCCCGACGUCACCGUUAAACUAUUGAAAUCAAUUCAAUCGAAGUGAGAAAGAAAAAGUGACAAGAAACGACGAGUCAAAGUAUUUUCCAGUGGCACAAAUCAACAAAUUUUUUCUCCCGAUUAAAAUUGUCCGUGUAUUUGUGUACAACAUCACUGGAACAUCUCGGCAUUCCAAUUCACCGAGUGAAGAUUGUGAUGAGGGCCGGAGGGAAGCCGACUGAGAUUGCAAGGAGAGAUUUCUGUAAACUAGGAAACAAGUUCUGAGGGAGGAGGAACAAUAUAAAUAACUCGGGAGAGAAAAGUUAUUCGUGAAACAAUUGGAUUUUUUUUUUUUUCGUUGAAAGUUUUCGAUAGAGUGAGGGAGAAGGCACGAAGGAGGAAAAAUAAUACUUGAGAGGGACAAAUUGGAGGAAGGAGUGAGGGGGUUUUUGUGGCCCCGUUGGGCGCAGAUGGGAGCUGGUCUUGAAGAAUCCGACUGGGUGAUUGUACCCGGAGUUGGAAGUACGUUUUUUGAUAAUACUGUUGGGAAUUGGACGAGCACACGUCCACACCCACGACGCAAAGGUUAUUCUAACAUAAUCAGGCCGAUUAAACUCGAUCAAGCUGGAAUUGAUGGAGUUGGAGAAUAUCGUAGCCAACACUGUUUACCUCAAGGCGAGAGAAGGUGGUGGUGACAGCAACAAGGGGAAGAGUAAGAAAUGGCGAAAGAUAUUGCAAUUUCCCCACAUAUCACAGUGCAUCGGCCUAAAAGAUAAGCUUGACAUUAGAUACGGCUAUUUAGUUGAUCAACAGCCAAUAGGACGUCUAUUGUUUCGUCAGUUUUGCCAGGAUCGUAAGCCAUCCUAUCACCGUUACAAUUUAUUUCUCGAUGCCAUUGAAAAGUACGAGAUUGAAUUGGAUGAAAAUCGAACUGAACUUGCCAAAGUACUGUUUGAACAGUAUCUCAAGAGUGAAGGAUCGGAGGUUGUCGAUAUACUCAAUGACUCAGUGAUAUCGCAGUGUGAGGAGCGUCUUGGUACUGGUGGGAGAGAACUAUUCACUGAGGUCCAGCAGACUGUUAAAAAUUUUCUCGCUGGUGAACCAUUCUCCCAGUUUCUCACGAGUUUCUACUUCUACAGGUACCUACAAUGGAAGUGGCUAGAAGCCCAGCCAGUAACGUACAAGACCUUCAGGAUGUAUCGUGUCCUUGGAAAAGGCGGUUUCGGCGAGGUAUGUGCCUGUCAAGUGCGUGCAACUGGUAAAAUGUAUGCCUGCAAAAAACUCGAGAAAAAACGUAUUAAGAAGCGAAAGGGCGAGGCCAUGGUGCUCAUUGAGAAGAACAUACUCCAGAAGAUAAAUUCAAAAUUUGUCGUAUCACUUGCGUACGCUUAUGAAACUAAAGAUGCACUGUGUUUAGUAUUAACGAUUAUGAACGGUGGUGAUUUGAAAUUUCAUAUUUACAAUAUGGGUGGUGAGCCGGGCUUUGAUAUCAAUCGUGCUAGAUUUUACGCAGCUGAAGUUGUGUGUGGACUUGAGCAUUUGCAUCAGCAGGGCAUUGUUUAUCGUGAUUGUAAACCCGAAAAUAUACUGCUCGAUGAUCAUGGACAUGUGAGAAUAUCGGAUCUUGGAUUGGCGGUUGAAAUACUCGAGGGGGAUAUGGUUAGGGGUAGAGUUGGUACUGUUGGUUACAUGGCACCGGAGGUCAUUGACAAUGAGAAGUACACAUUUUCACCUGACUGGUUCAGCUUUGGUUGCUUACUCUAUGAGAUGAUCGAGGGACAGGCGCCCUUUCGUGCUAGGAAGGAGAAGGUCAAGAGGGAGGAGGUGGACAGACGGGUUAAGGAGGAUCAGGAAAAGUAUUCGGCGAAGUUCACGGAGGAGGCUAAGAGUCUGUGCCAACAGUUACUUAAGAAGAAUCCGAAACAUCGAUUGGGAUGCAAGUGCGGGAGGCAUGGGGCUAAGGAGGUGAAACUGCAGAGCUUCUUUCAGUGUUUGAAUUGGAAGAGGGUCGAGGCCGGUAUGUGGGAACCACCGUUUGUACCGGAUCCUCACGCUGUUUAUGCUAAAGAUGUGCUGGAUAUUGAACAAUUCUCAACCGUCAAAGGUGUGAAUUUAGACGCCAGCGAUGACACUUUCUACAGCAAAUUCAAUACGGGGAGUGUUUCCAUUCCCUGGCAGACUGAGAUGAUUGAAACUGAGUGCUUCAAGGAGCUGAAUUUCUUAGGACCGAAUAGCACACCGACACCGGAUUUGUUGGUGAAUUAUCCACCGGUUAAUAAUGAGAGUCGCGGCUGUUUUCCAUUUAGAAGAAAGAAACAAAGCGCAAGAACACGUGAAAUUCCAUUAUCCGAGUGCCAUCUGCUUGAACUGUCACAGAGCCAAAGUUCCGAGAUGCCGGCCAGCUGAUCCAGGAUUAAUUCGGGAAAUCCGAGUACACCGACUAAACGGUCGGACGAUCCCUCGCGAUGCUGCAUCUGAGUUGAGAAUUCAAUUAAACAAGAGGAGUGUGUCAAGUUGAAAAAAAAGCCAAACGGCUGAACAAGAGGGAAUUGAAGGAGAAAAAUAUGCAUUGAAUUGAAUUAAAGAUGGUGUCUAGAUGCACAAAAGCCAUCGGUCGACGUCCUGUGACGCUGCAACGAGCAAAAUACACGCGAAUCCCUGGGCUGUUACGUAAGCACAUUCUUGGGACGCACACAAUUAUUAAAAAUACACACAGAUGGUUCAAAUGAAUGAUGCACACAAACAUUGAAAAGAAAAAUGAAGAAAAAACAUACACAACCGAAUAUGGGAGACGAACGUUCCAGCCAUUUGACGCACGUACAAACACAACUCAAUGCACUCAUCUCAUUAAAAUAUCUCUCUCCCCUCUCCUUUUUAUUUUCUCAACUCAAUACGUCGUUGAAGAUCUGGAAAACUCGUUGGAGCAUUUAAUUUAUCGUGUCAUUAAUUUUUAUCUUCACUCUCAUGAUGGAAACAAAGUGAGUUUGAUGUGCAUUACGAAUCUCUUGCCCCUGAUCGUAUCUGUUGGGGGAAAAAAUCGUGUGGUCUGAUGAAUCAAAGGUCUGAACAAAAAAAAAUUAACUUAAUAAUAGUCAUUUGCAAUUUUUCUUUAGAUAAUAGUGGAAUUAACGUCGGGAAAUAGACGUUUCAUGUGGAGUCAAUAAUGUUUAAAAUCACUGGGCAAUUCUAAUUACUUUUAACUCUAUUCUAUUCUUAUUUUUUUUAGAAUCGUUGGCUCUUCGGUUUAUAUUUAUUGAAUAUAAGUGAUGGGGAGUCAAUGAAUACUUCGUUGAAUGAUCAUUAACUGGGUUGUCAGAGUUUUUGCAUUUUAAAUGCAGGAAAAAAUGAGGAAGAGUAAUGAUAAAAUGCCAAACGUGCUGAUCUGAUCGUGCUCAACAAGUGGAAUUGAGGGCACGUGUCAUUAACACAUGUCGGAUCUCGUUUUUUUUUAAUUACUGGAAUUGGGAGGGGUAGAACAAUCAUGCCUAGGUAUCGGUGUAUAACAGAAAUUGAUGAUAACGAAUAGUUGAUUGAAAAAAUUUAGUGCAAUUUCGUUCGUUUUUUUAUACUCUUUUCUGCUCUACUUUUGUCACUUGUUGUUUCUUUCCAAUGAUGAAAUUGACAACGAAUAAUUUGUUAGUAGAUUAGUUCUGUGAACUUCAUAAUGAGCACACAUAUUGCUGUCGUGUAAACGAAUGAGAUUCGUUAUAAUUUAAGUUUAUUUUUUAUUCACACGAGGGAAAAAUGGUUUAAUUUAUAAAUGUGUAGGUGUUUCUUUUUUCCCCACGUGAGAUUGACUUUUAUCAUUCCAGAAAUCGUAAUUUUGUUUUUCUCACAUCAUUUCUCAACCUCUGUCUGUUGUAUUGACGUGUCUUCUGUGUCAAUGUGUGACUGGCCAUUUGGAAGCACUGUCUCAAAUUAUUGCGAUUAAUUUUUCACGAUUCAUCUUUCAUUUCUCAUUUCUAUCGGUAAAUUAAGUACAAUGUCGGUGUAAGCGUUUAGAUGUGUAAAAUAAUACUUAUUUAUAUAUUAUACAUAAUUAGGUGGUAAUUACGAUGGGAUGGAAACAAAGUAGUUGUAAGAGGAGGGGAAAACACUCAUGAUGACGGUAUAAUGUGACAACUCUUAUAGCCGUCCUCGAUUUUUCGAUUAAUAUGAAAUUGUACGUACUUUAUUAUCUUCACGUACGUUAUUGAUUUAUGAAACAAUGUCUUGUUUGUAAAUACGGGAAUUCAUGGACGUGAUUGGUUCGAUGGCAUUUUGCACAUUUACAAUUUCAGGAUUUGAAUUAGGGGAUUAGAGUGGGGAGAAAUUAAUGGGAUGGACCUUGCAAUGGGAUUUAUUUGGAAAUAUUACGUUUUCGGAAUUUUUUAUGCUGCGAAUAACAAAUUCCACGUGAAUGGGAUUAAUCGACAUUUGUUCAAUGUUAUACGACUGACACUUUUCUUUAUAAAGACAUGUUUAGCUCAAAUUUCGUUAGUUUCGUUAUUUGAAUUAACAACGGCAGAAAAAUGUUGAGAAGAAUUUUUUUUAAUUCUCCCGAGUGAAUGAGAAAUUGCAAAUUUGGGACAUUCAUUGGAAUCCAUUGUAUUAUCGAUCCUUUGACAAUAGUGCAAAUAACGUCGAAAAAUAGACUCCUGAAUUUUAAGUUUGCUCUCAUUCAAGUGGAAUUGUUUUUCAUAAUGAAGAAAAAAAAUAGAUUGAAAUUUUAAAAUUGCAGGGAGUCUCUCACAAAAUCAUCAACUAAAAAAUAAACGGCCUCUAACGCUUCAAGUGUUCUGUUUCGAUAGAGGAAAUCAUUAGAAACUCCAUUGAACUCAAUUAUACACUCGAUUAGUCUCCAUCGAAGUAGCUGUAAUAUUUAAUGGAUUUUGCCAAGGCCUACUCAAUUUCGUUAACAAUUUUUACUGAAUUCAAAUGUCAUAAGUUGGAAUUCCAAAGCCAGUUGAUGAUUAUCGCUGAUAUUUGCUGAUAAUUCGCCGAAAAUGAGCCGAAUUUUCAAAAUGACUGACGUUAUCCAUAUAGCUUUCUUUUUACAUCAAGACACUAGUCAUCAGAACAACUAAAAAACAAAUGAACAAACGUCAGUGGUGAUUGAUGAAAAUUUCGGCAAUCGAUAAUAAUGAAGUAAACAAAUACACACAACUUAGCACAAAGCAUUAUGUUCUGUUCAACGCGCCUCGACGAAGCCAAAUAACAAUUCUUUUGUAAUCUUCUAUGUUGUACGAGAGAAACGAUAAAUCACGUGGACAAAGUUAUAAAUAUAUAAAUACGUAAAUCAUAAAGAACAAUUUAAUUUUCUUUUUCCAAGUUAUUAAACGGAUAUUAUAUACGUUAUGUAUUUAUAGCUUCGAAUUUAUACAUACCAAUUGUAGAUUAAAAUCGUAUAAUCGUACAUGUUGGCCUUUUUUGUGUACUGCAAAGUCGAAAAUACUUCCCUUUAAUAAUAAGUGAAUGUCGUAAAUAUGAGACGAAGUUUGGAGGAGAAAUUGAUUCAUUUUAUGACUAUAAUAC